GGUCUUUCUGAAACCUGCAGCCAAUUCAAAACCACUGGCAACGUUCUGCACUGCCCCCACAAGCCACAGAUAGAAUCGAGUGAUAGAGCCCCAAACAAGAAGUGUGGCCGCGCAGAUAAAGUGUCAAAGUAUGCCAGCGUACGCCACCAACAUGAGGCUCAAAUUCCCAAUCCUGGCCCUGAUACUGGAAGCGGUGACCAUCGUCCUGUACGCUCUGUUUGUGGUGUAUGACACCGGCGAUGCCCAUCGACACGGAGAUGGCCAUCAUGCUGAAGGGAAUACAACUCAUCCUGAAAAUCCCAUGGCGCUCUACCCUAUGUUUCAGGAUGUACACGUGAUGAUCUUCAUUGGCUUUGGUUUCUUGAUGACCUUUCUGAAGAGAUAUGGUUUCAGCAGUGUGGGCAUCAACCUGCUGCUGGCCGCCUUCGGUCUGCAGUGGGGUCUUCUCCUCCAGAACGUCUGGCACAUGCAUGAUGGAAAAAUAAGAGUCUCAAUCAAUCGCAUGAUAAAUGCUGACUUCAGCACAGCGACCGUUCUGAUCUCAUUCGGAGCCAUUCUGGGGAAAACCAGCCCUGUCCAGCUUCUCAUCAUGACCCUGCUGGAGAUCACCAUCUUCUGCAUCAAUGAGCAUCUGGUUGUGGAAGUCAUUGGGGCAUCCGAUGUUGGCGCCUCCAUGACCAUUCAUGCAUUUGGUGCUUACUUUGGCUUGGCUGUCGCCCGUGUGCUUUAUCGCCCGGGUCUUCGUAAUGGUCAUGAUAACGAUGGAUCCGUCUACCACUCUGACUUGUUUGCAAUGAUCGGCACGGUGUACCUGUGGAUGUUCUGGCCAAGCUUCAAUUCUGCUAUCGCUGACCCCGGCGACUCUCAAAUCACAGCUGUUAUCAACACCUAUUUCUCUCUGGCCGCCUGCGCUCUCGCCGCUUACGCAACUUCCAGUCUGGUUGAGAAGAAGGGCAAACUCGACAUGGUCCAUAUUCAGAAUGCCACGCUGGCAGGGGGUGUUGCCGUGGGAACCUGCGCAGACAUGAACAUCCAGCCAUUCGGAGCCAUGCUGAUCGGAGUAGUGGCAGGCAUUAUCUCCACCCUCGGCUUCAAGUUCCUCACUCCUAUCCUCGCCUCCAAACUGGGAAUCCAAGACACCUGUGGCGUGCAUAACCUACACGGCAUGCCAGGCAUCCUGGGCGGACUCGCUGGCAUCGUGGCGGCAGCACUUCACAGGAAGGAGGGAGUUUCAGCAGCUCAUCAGGCCGGUGGUUUAGCAUCAUCUCUGGGCUUUGCUUUGGUGGGCGGGCUCAUCACAGGUCUGAUCAUGAAGAUUCCAUUUUGGGGACAACCACCCGACCAAAACUGCUUUGAUGACUCCAUCUACUGGGAGGUUCCUGAGGAAGAAGAGGAGAACGAAGAGCCCUUGGCUCAUGCCGAUUAUUCCAAGAACAAAACCGAAGCUUAGGCUUCAAACCAGACCAUUGUGCACCUCAGGGCUUCUCAACCAUCAGCAUUUACACCACUUAGUGAAAUAUUUAACACAGUGAUAUGUAUGGGCAGAUGUUUAGUUCUGUUAAAUUCGUUUUUUUCUUUCAAAAUUAUAUAAAUAUAUGGCCCUCAAAAGUGUCGAAAACCUUUCAACAUGAGACAUUAGGUAUAUAAUAAAAUAUAAACGGGUAUUAUUACAGAAUAUUACAGAAAAGUUCAUUUACAAUGAAUUAUAAGUAAAAGUCAGUUGUUGAUGACAAUAAAAAUAAAAAAAUAUAUCAAAUGUAAUGUUAUGGAGCAAACGAACAUGAUCUUGUAAAGACGAUCAAAAAAGUAGCUCACUCUAUUGUGCCAAAAAUCUAAGGCAACGUGAGAAUUCUUGCCGUUGUUUUUAUCGAAGUAGCUUUCAUUUUUUUAGUCUUUUUUACAGACCCAAUUUUUGUCAUCACUGUUUGUAUUUUUACCUUUGUUUAUAUUAAGCAUUUGAUAACAAAAGGAAUGUUUGUGCAAAUUCACAUUCAAAUCCAACCACAUCUAACCAUUGCAACAGUUAUAGUUGCUUGUUAUUGUGAUCAGUAACAACCCUUCUAUAUAAUGUAUAGUAAAUGAAGCUUUUUUACAAUUGUAUCCUGAAAGACUAACAAAUAUAAAUGUAAACUUUUAUAUUUUUACACAUUUUCACGAUUAAUAAUACUUUAAUAUUAUAUAAUAAUUCAGGCAAAUACAUUUGUGAAAUCUGUCAGGAUUCCUGUAUGAAGAUGUCUUUCAUUGCAUUGCUUGAACUCACAGCAGCAGUAUAGGCAGACGUGAUUGGUUAGUCACCGCUUGCAUGUGAUGAGACUUUUGAAUGCUACUGUAUGUUUUCUAACGUUAAAAAAAACAUUCAUAUAAAUGCAUUGGUCUCACUGCAAGCUGACUUUUACUGAUUUAACUUUUGUGUCUCUGAAUGUGUGUGUGCUUUCAUUUGCUUCACGUCUAAAUUUCACUUGAAUGUAUUUGAAAGGUCUGUGAAUGGAAUAAACUUUUACUGUCAUUUAUACGA